CGCCAUGUUUGUUUUGCAGUUUUAAUAUUUCAGAAGUCAGAAAAAUGUGUUAACCGGAUUAUAGUUUAAAUCAUCUUGAUAUUCAAACAGUAAAUAGCACAAGUGUUUAUACAGAUACACGUAUACAUACAAGUUGAUUUAUAAAUUAGAUUACUAACUAUGUCUUCAACAGGUACCGAAAACUACAGUAGAAUCAUUGUGACAUUAAUGAAAGGUGGAACAAAACUAACAAGAAGACUUGUGGAGAAAACAGUUAAAGAUCUUAGCAAGAAUGGUGGAGAAAAUACUAUCGAUGAAUUUUUGCUAAAAAACAAAUCUUUGUUAUUAAAACGAAAAUUGGGAGAGAACAAUCAGGAUGUGUUUUUUCCACCGUCCGGACACACGAAUCUAGAUAACUGGGACCUGGGCAUGUUAUGUUUUAUUCUAGAAGAAACGUGUGGUCUGACAAAUAUUAUGAAGAUGUAUAUCAAGAAGCUUUUAAAGAUCAGAAACAAACUUUGUCAUUCAAAGGACCCAACGUUAGAAACGAGAAAAUUCGAGGAGUAUACUGAACAAAUGAAAUGCAGCUUUGAACACUGUCUGAAAGAAAUCAAUGAUGACGAGUUUACAGAGGAAAUAAAUGCACUUGUUCAGUCAUUAGCCACUGGUCCUUUGUCAUUAUUUGAUUUGCUAGAAGCUGUUCAUCAGCGUUACUUUAAAGAAAUGACAAAUAAAGAAGUCUUGGAAAAAAUUAAGAAUGACCAUGACUUGACAAUUGGAAAGCUUGACACACUUCUUGAAAAGAUUGAAAGACUUGAUUCUCGAUUGCCAUCUGGAGCUUUUGUGGACAAUCCGGGUACCGAAAACUACAGUAGAACUAUGCUGACAUUAAUGAGAGGUGGAACAAAACUAACAAGAAGACUUGUGGAGAAAACAGUUAGAGAUCAUAGCAAGAAUGGUGAAGAAGAUACUAUCGAUGAUUUUUUGCUAAAAAACAAAUCUUUGUUAUCAAAACAAAAAUUGGGAAAGAUCAAGCAUGAUGUGUUUUUUCCACCGUCCGGACACACGAAUCUAGAUAACUGGGACCUUUGCAUGUUCUGUUUUAUUCUAGAAGAAACUUGUGAUCUGUCAUAUACUACAAAGAUGCGUAUCAAGAAGCUUUUGAAGAUCAGAAACAAACUUUGUCAUUUAAAUGACCCAACGUUAGAAAAAAUAAAAUUCGAGGAGUAUACUGAACAAAUGAAAUGCAGCUUUGAAUACUGUCUGAAAGAGAUCAAUGAUGACGAGUUUACAGAGGAAAUAAAUGCACUUGUUCAGUCAUUAACCACUCGACUACACGUGCAUAUAAUAGAAGUUAAAUAGAUAAGAGAUUUGUUAAACUUUUGCCUCAAUUUAGGUCAAGUACGUUACACAGGAGCACCUAUGCGUUUAUAUUCCCUUUUGCUAUACACCUCAUUCAAAUGUUCAUAAUUUAAGAGAUCAGUACUGGUAUAAUCAUGGGAUAUCACACUUCGGUACAAGUUAACUAAGUUUAAAUAUGACUAUUUCAUUUUUGUAUUUUGGUCAAUAUUUUGGUCUAUUUUUGGAACAGACGGUAUCUUGCAAGGGACUUAGUCCAGUAAAAUUAGCCCAACAAUCAAGCUAACCUAGAACUAAUUGCAAAAGUUUUUGAUUUAGUAUUUUAUGAUGGUACCAUAUCUGCUUGAUAAUAGGAAAAAGUUGAUCUCUUUUGCUGGAGGGGAAGUGUGAUAAUUUUAGCUUUCAAGUUGACACCCUUAAAUUUCAGUUAAAAAUUCAGUGUAAUUUGUUAAUUUCCGAUGAUAC